UCAGACUGGUUUCAUGCGGGCUGCCUCGCACUUUGAACCUACGUCCUCGUUAUUUUUUUGUGGAUGUAUUCGACGUAUUUCCUUCUUCUUGUCAGAAUAUUCCUUUUUUCGCUGAUUCAGGAGAGUACCUCCUCCGUCCCUAUCAGUCCACCUAAUUUUCAACAUUCUUCUGUGUAAAUGGUAGAAUGUUUUUGUUCUUAUCAGAAUAUUACUUCUUCGCUGAUUCUGCAGAGAACCUCCUCCGUUCGUAUCAGUCCACCUAACUUUCAACAUUCUUCUGCUAAGUGGGGCAAUGGUACUUUUACAGUCGCGACACUUCGCCUCGGAGUAGGAGGAAAGCGUGUCUACGUAGUGCGUGACGUCAUAAGGUGGAUACACACAUGGCCCCUUCUUCAACAGUUUCACGGAACAAUGCUUGUGAAUAGUCGUUCGGCCAGUUUCGCGUCAGUUUACUGUUGUAGUACUGGUGUUCCUGCGUUAGUGUACGUUAUUUGGUUGUUUAGUUUCUGUGCACUAAACUGGUGAUGUGUUUUUCUUGCCUGUGAAAAUUUCGUUGCCUGCAAAAUGCCGUAUCGUUGUUGUGUGCCGUAUUGUAGAGGCAAUUACGACUGUGUACCAAAAGUAACCGUGUUUAAAUUUCAGGAGGAUGAAGCAACGAAGAAGAAAUGGUUGUCAAGUAUUCGCAGAGAUAACUUCACUCCUCCUCCAAGUUCAAGAGUAUGUCAUGUUCACUUUCACAAGGAUGAUGUUAUUUGGGAAACACAAAUUGUGGUUGAAAGGACUGGUCAGUUAUUAACAGCCCCCCUUUUCAAACCACAUUUGAGACCAGAUGCAGUUCCAUCACUACUCCCAAACUGUCCUUCCUACCUUUCAAAGGAAGAAAGUAGACGUGAAGGGCCAGAGGAGAAAAAGCAAAGGCUUGAAAAUGAGCAGUUAGCUGCAGCGUUACAAUAUAGUUUAGCAUCACAGAAGGACUAUGAAAACACUUUCAGCUUCAGUUCUUUAGAAGAGUUGAUGUUGCGUACGAAGGAAGUGGAUUUGCCCAACGAGUGGAGUGUGAUUAAAAAACAAACAAAAUCACUGUGUUUUUCGAAGAUAAUACGAAAACCAGCACCAUUAAUCAUACAUUCUGUCAUAGAUAGUAAUUUAAAUGUUUCAUUGUUUAAGAAAGAUGUACAAAUUAAGACAUUAGGAAAAAGAACUUUUCCUGUAAUUGUAAUCAAUAUUCAUGAAAUUGUCAGUGUACUGCAGAAGUUUUCAGACACAGAUUGUGGGCACUCAGAAACUUCUAUAGAUAGUAUUGUAGAGAUAGUGAAAGACAGUUUUCAGGAGAGUGAAAAGGAGAUGGUAGACUUUAUAUAUGAACAAGUUAGUCUCAUAAAUGUCAAGAAAUUUAAUCAUAGGUUUAGUUCUACAUUUAUGAUACUGUGUUUGCUAUUUUCAAUUUCAUCUCAUGCUUACAAUUUUUUACGUAGCAGCUCAUUAAUGAAAAUGCCACAUCCAAGCACUCUGCGUAGGAUCUGCAGCAAAUUUAAUGUGAAUCCAUCUCACGAAAGGCUUGGGGGAAGUAAUUUCGUGUCCUAUGCAAGACAGAAAUUUCAAUACUUGAACAGCGAUGAUGUCAAUGUUGUUUUGAGUGUAGAUGAAAUUCAUCUAAAUUCUUAUUUGGAAUAUAAAGGAGGUAGUGUUUUGGGCAUGUCAUAACUUGGAAUGUGCUGCCAAUUCAGCGUUUGUAUUUAUGUUGCAGAGUGUCAAUUCUUUGUACAGGGAUGUUGUUCACAUUUUACCGGUGAAAACCAUUUCAUCUAAUGCAUUAUACGAUGUGCUACUGGCCAUAAUAAAUGGCCUUGAACUAAUAGGCUAUAGGGUUUUUUUGUGUGGUAACUGACAACAAAAUCAAUAGCAAAACCAUGUCCAUGUUUUCUCUGGAUAAAGCUGUUAAUAUAGUUUUUAAACAUUCAUCUGAUCCUAAUCCCCAACUUUUCUUUUUAAUUGAUGCCAUACACAUUGUUAAAUGCAUAAGAAAUGUGUGGUUGAACCAAAAAAAUGAUGGUAAAGAUAUGUUUUAUCCUCAGUUUCCAGUUAGAAAAGAAGUGGAAGAAAAUAAGUUUUCUGUAGCUUCUUUUAAAACACUGAAACAGAUUUAUGACAUAGAUCCAGUUCUUUAGUAAAAUAUUGUCACACAUUGUCUCUCAAAUCACUUUGCCCUACAUCGUUAGAAAAACAGAGCACGAAACUAGUGCUGCAGAUAUUCAAUCGACAUGUGUCAGAGGGCCUUGAGGUAGCUAGUGAUAAAUUUGAUUUGAGACGUGCACCAUCAACAGCAGAAUAUAUUCAAAUAACAACAAAAUGGUUUGAUGUCAUGAAUGUGAAAUCAGUGUUUAAAGGGAAACACAAACAGAAUCCUUAUAUGGAGCUGUUGACAACUGAUAGCGUUUCUAUGCAAUUUUUGCUAGAUUUUCUAGACUGGCUUGAUGUGUGGAAAGCAAAGGGUUUGUCAAGUGGGUUUCUCAUAAAAGAAACAUUUUUUGCUAUUCAGCAUAUGCCGUUGCAGAGAUUGCUCGAUACUGUACUGAAGAGCUAGGUACGAGCUAUUUACUGACAGCCAAGCUACAAACAGAUAUGCUUGAGCGGCGUUUUGGAAAGUAUAGACAGCUUGCAGGUUCCCAAUACAAUGUUUCAGUGACACAAGUCUAUGAAGCAGAAAAGAAGCUUUGAAUUCAAAGUGUAAUGCCUUUAGUUUUAUGUUCUCCUUCCUAUGGCAAUAUCACAGUAGGAGCCAUAAAAUUUUUUAUGUUUUCUGAACUUGAAGAAACAGACACAUUAGACAUAGAAGUCAGUGUAACUGUAGACGAUGUUCUUUCAGUGAAAGAUAUUGCAACGUCUAACUUUCAUUGCAGGCUACUGUGCUCAUGCAGUGAUUAAGAAGCUGAAAUGUGAUAGUUGCCUUAAUGAAAUUGUGAUUGAAAAGGAGUUGCCAAUAAAUGAACAUUUUAGUUUGAUACAGAGACUUGAUCAUGGAGGACUAAAAUACCCAUCAGACACUAUUUUAAAUAUGAUUGUCCACACUUAUAUUGUCAUCAGCAAACUUCUCAAAGAACAUGAAAGAGAUUUUCUUGCCUUUACGAAUCAACGUGCUAUUGCCUGUGCAGUAGCACUUGCUACUCUACAAGAAAAUAACUUUUUAUUAUUUGAUGGGGUAUGCUGCAAUGGACGUUCAUCCCAGGCAAUAAUGAAAGUGUUGUUUGGGUUGGUGUCAAUAUAUUUUUAAACAACUACUGUAAAAAGGUUAAUGGAACAAAAAUUUCAAAAAACACUCAGCGAAAACUGCAAACUCUUACAACAUAAUUUUGAAAUCUUUAUCUUAGAUUCUUUUUAAAUCAUUAAUACAAAACCUGUCAUCAGUAAUAUUGCCACAUCAACAAAUGCCUCUUAAGCUGAACUAAUUAGGUUAAUCUGAAACUAGUCAAAUUUACCAAAUUGCAACUUAUGGCUGAGAGUUUAUAUAAAUAUUUUAAUAUACAGCUGCUAACAGCUAUAAACACUUGAAAUUUUUAUCAAAGAAAUUAAUCUUUAUAUUAAAGAAUCUUACACUAAUUCUUUCUCAGUUGAAGUUGGGUUGUGAAUGAUACAUACAGGAGGGAGGGGAGGGGGUGUGGCAGGCAGAGAGGACCAAUAGUAAUCUUUUUAUAGUAUGUGAAACCUAAAAAUCAAUUAACUUGGUUUUCCGAGUAUGACAAACCACUUCUUUGCUGCACGCCUUAUUUAUAGUAUUUCUAAUUUGUGUAAUAAAGUUAUGUGGCCCAACAUGGCACAUGCCGUUGACAAAGACAAGACAAUGCCAUUUUGAUCACCUUCCUUUAUUAUUUUGAGAAAAACUUACACAAACUGUGCUAUAGCAGACUUCACUUUUUUUUAAAAAGAAGGUUAGUUUGUUUUGGUGAUAAAUGGAAGACAAGAGCAAAAUUGCUCUAUAGUUCUUUACAUUCUCUGCAACCUUUUUCUUUGUAUACUGAAGUUAUUACUUUAGCUUGUGAUACGUGUGAGAAAUCUGCCAAUUUGUAGUGAUUCAUUACCGUAUUUACUCGAAUCUAAGCCGCACUUUUUUUCCGGUUUUUGUAAUCCAUUGUAAUCCAAAAAACCGCCUGCGGCUUAGAAUCGAGUGCAAAGCAAGCGGAAGUUCUGAAAAAUGUUGGUAGGUGCCGCCACAACUAACUUCUGCCGUCGAAUAUAUGUAGCGCUACACAGACAUGCUCUGUAGGCACAAAGAUAAAUACUGGCGCCAAAACCUCUGCGUCAGUAAAUAAAUUAAAAAAAAAAAGGUGGAAGACGAGCUUUUUUUCUCCGCCCCGAGUUUCGACCACUGCAUUUUCAUACAUUAUCAAACGAAGUAAAUACAAAUUCCGUAUUGUUCAUCUUCGAAUGUAUUAGAAUUUCAAUGUACUACGAAAAUCCGACUGGCAAGACUGUUUGGGAUGUUUUUCAAUAUGGCCAACUCUACGUUCUGAAUUUUUUCCUACCUGUGAGAAGAGAUGGUUGCUAAUAGUAACCUGAUGAAAUGUGAAUCACAAGCAGUAUUCUCUUCACCAUUCACCAUAAGAAUAAUACGAAUAUAAACAUUUUGCCAUGUGUUCUUCCGUGUUUGUUGCUAUCUCAUUUAAAUCCUGUCUGCCUAAUAAACUACGAAACUAGAGUGAGACAACAGCAAACGCGGAAGAAUACACUUAUCGUGUCAUGUUUAUAUUCGUAUUAUUCUUAGCCUAAUAGUAAUACAGUCAGAAAUGAACCACGGCAACUGACUAGAUUUUUAAAUCAAAGAUGACUAAUUUCUGUGCAGAAUUUGAUGUACUAAAGAAGCGGCCGCAAAGAUUUUCAAACUGUGAAAAAUUUUCGCCUAACUCUCAUUCAGAACAUGUUCUAUCAUACGCAGCCUAUUAUUUGGUUCUUGUUGAUCAUUCUCAAAGAAAGCAGCAGUGUAAGUAACAACAAAUAGCAGUCUCUUGCCAUUGCUUCGCUAAUGAGACGAUUCGCCUCUUUUUAGCUGUAAGCGGCGGUAGCGCGCACAAAAGCAAGCCGUGCCGCGAACGGCGACAGGCCGUAAACACGCACUAUCAGAAUGCGACAAACAAUGCAUGACACAGUACAGUGAUGCAUUUUCAGCUUAGAGUGACGUAAACACCUAUAACAGAGAAAACGGCACUUAUCAGAUCAAACAAAAUAAGCAAUCGAUUCAAACCAGACGAAGCACGUGAAAAAGGAAGGGUACCCGUAUAAAUACGGACGGAGCGCCUGACGCACAGCAAUGGCUACCUGGUAAAGCUUACGACUCGAAGCUGUAGCUGUAUCGUCAUUCAUUCGACCUAAAUUGUGUCUCAUAUUACAAUGGACCAACUUUGUUUCGAUUUGGAGGUGCGGCCUAAAACUUUUCUCUCCCCUUGAAUUUCGAGUCUCAAAUUUCAGGUGCGGCUUAGAUUCGGGAAAUCUUUUUUUCGAGUCUCAUUUUUCAGGUGCGGCUUAGAUUCGAGUGCGGCUUAGAUUCGGGUAAAUAUGGUAAUUGUUACUGUUGAAAAAGCUACAAUAGUAUUUAUGCAUUCUUUAGGUAGACAAACUUCGAUUUCACGUAGUGUUUGUGGUGUUCCUCUGUCUUCUACUACUGUCACUGUUAUGAGUGCAGAUGUGCAUGCUGUGACAAUUGCCUCUCUUUUUCUGAGUUUACUACUUUCUCUGCAGCUGUUAUAACUGUUGUUCUUUCAACAUUUUCUUAUUUAGAUCAUGUUUGUAUAUAUUUUACUACCAUUACAAAUGGAGAAGCUGGUAGGGGAGGGCUUUGCAGUACUUUCAUGGCCUUCUUUGUGUAUAAUGAUUGGCAGGUCUCCUCAUUAAUAGUAAUGUAAUUGUGGAACAGCUCUCACUUCUGUUACAAGCACUAUUGAGUGCCACUAAUCCUCAGGUUGACUAAUUACUGAGCUCUUUAAAUAGAUGCUUGCUCUGUGCCGUAAAGUGCCUUCUUGUUAGCUCAUCUUUGCUGAGGAGGAAAAUAUCUGAGGUGGACUCUCAGGUACGCCCUUCUGUUGGCUUUUUGACUAUAUUUGUUUAGUAUAAAAGAAUAUUCAAAAAGCUUAAGCCUGCCACAAUUGCUUUUCACUCACCUAAUCUAAUUAAUGUAACCAGAUCAUAUUCCAACACCACUUGACAUAUUUUUGCCACAUAACAUACACUUACAGAUGGUAAUUACUUGCAAUUUACAGGGUGACCUAAUAUAAUGUCUAUAUGCAUUGCCAUUUUUCUACUACAGUGCUUUCAUAUGCAUUCUUCGUACACAAAACUUUUAUCGUGAAGUGUUUUAUUUGCGUUCUUUUAGUGUCCCACUUACUUGAAGACCUUCCAUUACUACCCUGGAGAUUAUAAAAUAGCAAUUUAAUAAUUAAUGUUGUUCAAAAUUUAUCAUUAUUAUUCCUAAAAUUAUGAAACUUAAGUCUCAAGAAUGUGCUUAUUGUUAAUGUUUGGACGUGGUGUCCAUAAGUCUUAAUUAUUUUGUCCCUACAUAGUAUUCAUGCUGUACAUCUAUAAUUUUCUGUUGUGAACCACUAUAAUCUAAAAUUUUUCUCAUUCCAUGUGUUAGUGAUUAUUGACAAGAGUGUAUGGAAGCUGAAUAAAAGAAAUAAAUAAAUUCAUUCAUACACAGAAUUUUUUUUACUUCAUUUGCAUUCAUUCAUAUCAGCAUGGUCAGUAGAUGAAACUUGUGUUCCACUUCUAAACAAUUACCAGUAUAUAUAUUUUGGAAUGAUGAUCUGUUAAAGUAUUGCAACUAA